CUGAAAACCAAGUGAGGAGAUGGCUGAGAAUUGUUGAUGGCUCAUUCCUGAGUUUGAGAAGGUGUGGUGUAAUUAUCUGGGAGUGCAGAGUGUCUGAAGAGUUUUACUGAUUUCCAAAUGUUGAGUUCUGUUCAGUUUGGGAGCUGAUUGUUGUGCAGUGGACUGUGAAUUGUCUCUGGAGCAAAAUCCUGCGAUUUCCUUACUAGCUGCAUUUUAGGUUUAACAUCCACAGCAGCCCUUCUCUCCCAAGCUUCAUGCCACACAGGGAUACUUCAGCAUCACUUUCUGAAGAAGAAUUGCACAGUACUAUAUCAGAGAAUACAAAGAGAAUAGACACCACAGAUAGAUCCUGACCAUCAGCCAAGGAACAACUGCACAACCGUGGGAAGACAGUCAGUCCCUUCACAGCAUUGCUUAACACAGAGAAGGUUGGGCAGUGAAACCAUCAGCUGGAAAUCAGGCGGGUCAGGGGACCUUUGACAUAUCAUCAGAUCUGAAACUGGUCAGUGGUGUGGAGCCUUCAACACAACCAACCUUUCUGAAGGUUCGGCUGUGGAUGAUCAGUCAGGAUGAGGCUAGGAAGAACUGUUGAGUGGCUUCAAGUGUGCAGGAAUACACUGUACUACACCAAAGAAUACAGAGGGGAUAGAUACCGCAGAUAGAUCCUGACCAUCACCCAAGGAACAACUGCACGACUCUGGGAAGACAUCCAGUCCUUCACAGCAUUGCUUAACACAGAGAAGGUUGGGCAGUGAAACCAUCAUCUGGAAAUCGGUCAGGUCAGGAGAGCUUUGACGUAUCAUCAGAUCUCGAACUCGUCAGUGGUGUGGGGUCUUCCAUCAGAACCAGCCCUUCUGAAGAUUUGGCUGUGGGUGGUUGGAAGAAGUGUGAUUGGCUGCAAGUGUAGUGAAAGCUUCAAUCGUUCAUCAAGUCUCACAAAUCACUAACUCUUUCCGAAAGGUGAGAAGCUGCUAAAGUAUGAGGUAAGUGAGGAGGGCUCCACAGGCUCGUAAAGUCUCCUAAUACUCAAGGUGCAUCUGUGGAACAACUGUUAACCUAAGUACAGCUACAUGGAAGCAAAACCCUUUAAGUGUGAGGUGUGUGAUCGAGCUUUUGGACAAUCAUCAACGCUUGUGAAUCACCGACGCAUUCACACAGGGGAGAAACCGUUCAAAUGUGAAGUAUGUAACCAGAGCUUUGCCCAGUUAUCGGGCCUCGUGAAUCACCGGCCCAUUCACACGGGGGAGAAACCAUUCAGGUGCGAGGUUUGUGGCAAAUCAUUCUCACAGUCAUCGACACUGCUUGUGCACCAACGUGUUCACACAGGGGAGAAACCAUUCCGGUGUGAGGUGUGUAUCAAAUCAUUCUCUGAUUCAUCGACUCUCCGCAGACACCAACGCAUUCACACAGGGGAGAAACCAUUCAAUUGCGAGGUGUGCAACAAAUCAUUUUCAACAUCCUCGGACCUUCGUAUACACCAACGCAUCCACACAGGAGAGAGACCAUUUAUAUGCAAGCUAUGUGAGAAAUCAUUCUCAUCAUCAUCAGACCUCCACGUACAUCAACGCAUUCACACAGGGGAGAAGCCAUUCAGAUGUGAAGUAUGUAACAAAUCAUUCUCACAGUCAGGAAAUCUCCGUACACACCAACGCACCCACACAGGGGAGAAACUGUUCAAGUGUAAGGUGUGUGACAGAUCAUUCUCUGACUCAACAAGGCUCCUGCUUCACCAGAGGAUCCACACAGGGGAGAAACCAUUCACUUGCGAGGUGUGUAACAAAUCAUUCUCUGUAUCAUCAAGCCUCCGUGUACACCAACGCAUUCAUACAGGGGAGAAACCAUUCACAUGUGAGGUGUGCAACAAAUCGUUCACGAGGUCAUGGAACCUCCUGUUCCAUCAAAGGAUCCACACAGGAGAGUGACAGGUUUGUCAUGGAACUUUCAUGAGGUCUUUGACUAUCCAUGGCACCACAGGAUUCAUACAGGGGAGAACUCUUCAGGUGCAAUGUGUGUGACAAGCUUUCACACAGUCAGCGUAUCUCUUUUCCAUCAGCACACCCACCCAGAAGAGAAACCCUCUCACUAUAACUUGUGUAAUGAAGCCUUCACACAGUUUAUGGACCUUGUGGAGCAUCAGUGAACCCACACAGGAAUGACCUACCAUAUUUUUGUCACUCUGUCCUCAGAGUGUGUAACGGUGUACAGUUUCAGUGCAGGGUGUUCAGUGGGACUGGGAACAGAACAAGAAGCAGCUUUCACUCCCAUCAAACACCUAGUGAUGACAUCACCAGUGCUGAGGGAUUAUGAUGUCAACAAUGGAGCCACCCUGCAGUGUGAUGUCAGUGACACAGGACUUGGAGCAACCUCCAUACAGUGAGGGCAACCAGAUCAUUUACACAAACUUGAAAACACUAUACAGAUCAAGAAAGCGAGGCUGGAUAUUGUCUUUAUUUGUGAGAAGUUCAACGUGUAUAUGUUUGGGAAAGAGAAAGUAAUGAUGGAGUCUGACCACAAGCCAUUUCAAAACAUCUUCAUUGUAUCUGCUUCAGAGCAUUUGCACAGGAUGUUACUUUGCUUGUGGAGAAUUUGUUUGGAAAUAAAGUACAAUCAAGAAAAGCAGAUGUACAUCACUGACAUGCUGUUGAGAGCUGCUUACUGUUUCAAGUUGAUGAUGCUUGUACAGAGUAUGAAACCUUCCCAAUUUACUACAAGAAAAAUCAGCACAAAGUGCUCUGGAAUUAUCAACCCAGCAGUGACAUGGAGACGUCUUCUGGUCUCCGGGUUAUUGGAGUCCAGAGGUAAGGUAUUGGAGCCACUCACAGUGACUCCGUGAGAAUUAUCUGGGAAAUUAAACAUCCAACAAGGAAUUCCCCAGCUUCCAGGAUCCUCUGAGCGGUCUCCAACUCCAAGACUUCAGACAGUUACAAGUGUUGACCUGGAUAGUUACCCAGGAAAUUUUAGGCAGGAAGAAGCCUUGUCUAACUACUGGGUGCCCGUGUUGCUUACUCACCAUAACUCACUCUGACCUCUUGACCACCCCACUACCAAAACCCUCCACCUUACUAAGGCCUGGCCAGACAGCACCACCACCACAACAGACUCAACCUGUCCAGCCCCGACUAUCCCAAAAUUAACAAAUUCCCAACCUGACAAUCUCUCCUUACCCAACCUAACUAAUCCCGAACCAAACAAACCCCUUCAUCAACUCACUCAGCUGCUGACCUACCAACCUACCAACCUGCCAUCCUAUCCCACUCCCAACCUUACUGAUUCUCUUCACUGCUCUCUGUGUGGAUUCCUGCACUGAUUCUCUUUACUGCUCUCUGUAUAGAUUCUAGUACUAGGAGAGUUCUUUUGCCUGCUGCUUUCUAAAGCAGUUAUGCCAGAAAGUUGACAUCUGCAUAAGUGGGUAGUUUUCUCUCUGUUCAGUGUCAAAAAUAGAGGUUCUGACUCAGGAUUUGGGAUGAAUCUGACAGAUUUAGCAAACUACCCAACAAGUUGCAACUCUUCAAAUGUUACAAAAAGUUGUGAUGAAAGGAUGGCCUGAAACCACCAAAGAGACCCCUGUUACGGUAAGAGAGAAUUGGACAAAUAGACACAAACAGAUUGCCAAAGAUAGCAUCUUGUACAAAAGGUGCAGGGUUAUUAUGCCUAAAGAAAUGAGAAUAGAACAGUAUUUAAAACUCAAAUUGCUCCAAUUAUUUCUGGAGCAACAUGAGAAAUAUUUGACAGAGAUUUCUAGUGUGAGAAUAGCAUUCUUCAUCCUCGGAAGCUUUCAAACUGACAACACCAGUGUGGGAUGUGUAGCCUCGGAUGUGUUUUACAGCAGAUCAGAAGAGGAAGACCCCCAGCAUCCAAGGUAGUGAUGACAUGCAGUGGUGGGAUUAUCACAUAUACAGGAGGCAGGGUCACAGAAGGGAAUCGAACAGGAGAGAGAAAUACAGAAGGGGAGGGAGGGACAGAGGAGGGAGGAUGGAGCAAUUUACUUUGCUCUGUUCUCCUCCUCCCCCAUCUCUCCUUCCUUCUCAAUCUUCUUCCUAUUUUUCACACGUCUCUCUCUUCUCUCUCAAACUCCACCAUUAUAGUGAUGAGGAAUGGUGAGAAAAUGCACAAUUUUAAACUCUAUCAUGAAUGUAAAAAGUAAGCAGAAACUCUAUUCAGUAUUAUUAAGGCAACAAUGUUAUUAUGACUAGAUUUAACUAUUUAUCCUGUUAUGUGACACAAGUCUAUGGGCCUUGCUGAAUUAAUUGCUGGCCAAGCAUGUACGCUGCUGACGAGGGUUGUUGAUGUUGUCUGAUGUGCCCACUCUACUGUACCAACUCUCAGACAUUUCCUUCUAGCUCCCUCUGGACCAUUGUCCCAGCACUAUUCCUCAACUGGUUUUUCCAGGACAGUCACUGAUCUCAUCUCCCCUGGAGAUCUUCCCUCCACAGCUUUCUACCAAAUAGUCCCCAACCCCAAAGAGCCCUUCUCCCCACAAUCCACGAACAAGACUAAUCCAGCAGACUCAUCAUUUCAGUCUCUUCCUGCCCCAAUAAACUUAUCUCUUCCUAUCUGCAGUCUAUUUGUCUCUUCCCCCUUGUCCAGUCUCUUCCCCCUCAGCCAGUUUCUUCCACUUACAUUUGUGAUUCUUCUGAAACUUAGUAUUGGUUCCACAAUUUCCAAUUUGUUUGCCCCAGCUGCCUCUCUUCACCAUGGACUAUAAAAUCCCUCACUUGUCCAUCCCCCAGCAGAAUCAUCUGAAGGCUGUGCACUUCUUUCUUGAAAAGAGGCCUGAACAGUUUCCCUGUCCAUCGCCCUCCACCUGGUUGAGCUCCUACUUACUUCGAACAUUUUCUCCUUGAACUUGUCUCAUAUUCUCCAAGUAAAAGAUGUAGCGAUGAGUAUCUACAUGAGUCCCGUUGUGCAACUCUCUUUCAGGGGUAUGUGGAACAUUCCUUCUUCCAGUCCUACUCGGACCCCCUCCGAUAACUCUUUUUCUGAUAUAGUGAAGCCUCCUGGUCUCAGCCAGAAUUGGAAAAAUUCAUCAGUUUUGCUUCCAGUAUCCAUCCUUCUCCAUCUUCAUCUGGCCCAACUCUGACUCUACCCCUUCUUUUCCUUGACAUUUCCAUUUUUUGGGGAUAGGCUGUCCAUCAAUAUCUAUUACAAACCCAUCAACAUCCACUUGCCUUGAUUAUAUUUCAUCACAGUCUUCCUGUAAGGACUCCUGUAAUGGCUAUUUGCUGAAAGUUUUAACACUUGCUCUUUUACCUUUUCCCUUCUCACUGCCCCACACCCCAAACACACCAUGCAGGUGAUGCAGCAAUUUAUUUUAACUGCAAAUGUUUUGUGAACCAGCACCUAUGGAACCAGGAGUGUGCCAGUUGAUCAAAUAUUCCAGUUGAUCAAGAGGUCCAUAUAGUCAAUGUAAAACACAUGAAAAUAAUAGAAGCAUAAUGCAAGCAGUAUACACAUCACUGUAUACUUUGUUUACAGUGUAAAUCCAUAAUAAUGCAACUUUCCUUAAACUUGCUGGUAAACAGCAUUCUCACUCGCACCCUCAAUUGACUACUUGGGCAUCACGGAGAUCGCAAUAAUACAAUAAACUUCCAGUAUUGAGGUAUAUAAUUUUUGUCAUUUGAUCGAGUGUGAGUUCAUAAGGUGCCAUUAAAACCUUUUUUCAAUCUAAUCUACUCACUGCUGACAAUGCAAUUUACAUUGGUGAGACUAAACACAUAGUCAGUCGCCACUUUGAGGAGCACCUCACUAUCUGUGAGAAUGACCCUAACCUUCCAGUCACUAUUUCAGUACAUCAUCCCAUACUAACAUUUCUGUGUCAUUGUGGAAUGCUGCAAUUUUCCAACAAACUGGAGGAAUAGUACAUCAUGUUCUGCUUUGGAACUUUACAGCCUUUAGGAGUCAACAACUUCAGCCAUGAACUCUGUCUUCUAUUUUGAUUAUAAGCCACCCCCUCCACCGCAGAGUCUUGUUUGCUGUCAGCAGCGCUGACCUAUUUUUAACUGUUCACACAUAGCAUUUUCUGCAUCAAUAUUACUUCUCUACCAUUAAAAUUCCAUUUGCCAUUUGUUGUGGGCAUUCUCGGUAUCUGUUCCACUCAUUCCUCCUUCCACUUUGUCAAAAGCAUAAAACCACACAUAUUCCAGUUCCUUUCAGUUCUGGAGAAAAAUCAUAUUGGAUUCAGAACAUUAACUGGCUCUUUUUGUACAGUGCAGUCAGACCAGCAGAAGUUCUUGAACAUUUUUUUUAAAUUUUAUAUGUAGACUUGAUUCAUGAAUACGAUUGACUGUUUUGUGCCUCAGAACAGAAAAAUCUUGAGUAUAAUUUGAAGAGCUGUCUCAAAUAGAGGCAAUCAGCAGAAACUCAGCACUCUCACUAUUCCUGUCUGGGGCCAUUUCUGUGUUUGGAACCAGCUUCCUGGCUGAUGUUUAAUAAACUGAUGCUGAAGAUCGAAAAAGUUCAAUUCACACUUAAUGUUACUGACACUUAAAAUUCCCAAUACUGCCACUUACAACCAGAUUACACUGAUAAACCUGCACCCAAAACAUAGCACAAACUCUUGACCGUAACUGGUGUGCUUGUGCUUGUUGCAAAUUUGUCCAAAGGUUUUACUAAAGCAAAUAUUUUUUAAGUGUGUGUGACAAUAGAAGCAGUUAUUUUUUAGGGUGGUAUAUUGUGAUCUGAUUCGUUUCAUGAUCAAUGCAGUGUGUAAACACUGUGUAAACAUCCACUGGAUAAUUUUCUGAGACUUAAGAUAUAUUUUAAAUCUCAUUUCAUCGACUUUUAGCCCAGAGAAUUUUUCAUCUUCGUAAUUUAUGUGCUAUUUUUUCUUAGUAUUUUGUCCUGGCUUUUGUACUUAGUUACUCAGUUGUGGAUGGUUCAUAGUGUUCUUGUAUGUGGGGAAUGGACAAAAGCACAGCUGAAGAGAGGAAGGAAACAAUGACUGAAGAUAUCUACAGCCUUGUGAUCACUAGUAGUAGACAAGAGUCAAAAAGAUGUGUUUUUCUUAUUCCAACAUCUGCAAGCCUUGUUAUUUUCCAACUAAAUCUGACAAGAUUAGAACUGAGAUUAUUCACGUUUACGAAAGCCUUUGAUAAUAAGUGCUGAGAAUACUUUAACUAACUGAUGAAUCUACAAAAAAUCUGUUUUAAUGUGGGAGAAAGCCACAAGAUUGGCAGGGGCAAAGGGGAAUACCACUGGCAACAAUCCUAGGUCAGAGGGGAUUGAAUAAAAUUAUGUGCUGUUGUCAUCUGAUGUCCUGAAGGGGUGUGAACAUUGGUCUGAGUGACAUACUUCACACGAUAACCAUCAGGAGAUUGUCAGGGGAAGUGGUCUGGUCAAUCACUCAGGUCGUGAAAGGGUUUCAUUUAACAGUUUGACCAUCUAAGGACUGACCCUUGUCACACAAGAAGGCCAGUUUUGUAAGUUUAUUUGUAGCAGCUCUAUAUACAUAUACAUGUGAACAUAUACUCAAUAAAGAAGCGUAAUUACACUACACACACUUGUUCUGCACCAUUGUGUAUUCAGAGUAAGACCAGAAUCUAGAAGUGGUCUGUCUGGGGAAAAGCGGAAAUGUCUACAAUUUCUUCACCCAUUUUAUGACGUGACUGUUUCAAUAAACAUAGGUUGGGAUGAGGGGUGAUGUAUCUACAGGAAGCCCAGAGCCUGGGGACUUAUUCAUGGGAUCC